GGUGUGCAGCAUUUCUGACUCAGCAUUCUUAAAAAAUUUAGCUAACACAGACAUGACCAGCUCUGUGAAAACAAACGUUGAAAUGUAUUUCUUCUUGCUUGUUUUAAUUCAUUCGAAGAUAAUGGCAAGUGUGGAUGAUCAAUUGUGUCUAGUGCAGCAAAACGUUGCGAAGCAAGAUUUUGCUUGGAGGUACUACAGUUCUCCAUUUAAUUGCAUUGCCAAGUGCUACACGGCAAAUACUGCGAUCUCGGACCCACUUUCACGAAAGGCCAAGUAUUUAGAAAGAGUAUUUUCACCAGCUCAAAAAACUAUCAACUGCAUGCAAAAUGAGAGGAAAGUUGCUUCAUUCUGCAAAAUCAAAAUGAAAACGCUUGAAUUGAACCAGUACUCCGAUUUACCUUUGCUGUAUUUCCAAUCCUUAGUUCAGUUGCCUAAAUUCGAAGCCGAGAAGUUUUGCUCAAGUAACGGUCUAAACUUUGGAAUUGAUGAAUCGCUAAUUGAAUUUAUCACGAUUGGUCUAACGGAUGUGAAAAUAUGGAUGGCUGACGUUCAAAUAUUAAACGCAACCGCUGGAGUAUCCAGAAAAAUUGCUUGCACAAUUUCUCACAAGCAAAAGAGUUCGAAUUUGGUAAAACAGGAAAACUGUCAAAACAGCAAUAAUUUUGUGUGUGUUUUGCCGAAAAAUUGCCAUUUGGACAAAUGCUCCUCAAGAUGCUCCCAGGAAUCAUGCGAUAUUGCUGAUGCAAAGCAACCAGUAGAUAACUGCGAGUCAAAUUGUCCAAAUCAAGACUGCGGCGAAGAAAAAGCUGAAAGAUUUGGAUACAUGAAGCCAGGAGUUGAUGGAGAUGUCAUUGAAGCGUGUGGAAUGCAAUAUCUUUUUUCAAAAAUUCCUAAAUAUAAUCAAAGAGCGACUCAUACGUUUUGCUGCACCAAACACAUGAAUGCAGCAAGUAUUACCACGUUGGAAGAGGCCAAGUGCUUGGCGCGAGAAAUGAUAAAAAGAAAUUUAAGCGACUUUUCCUUCUGGACAAGUGCAAGACCAAGCAACUGCACCAAUUUAUACACUUGGUGCUCAAUGGACGGGUCGGGAGAGGUGUUGGACCAAAAUUUGCUCGACAUACCCAAAAACAGCAAUCCUAAAAAGCAGUUUAUUACGGUGAAGGCGAUUGCGCAGACCGAGUCUCUUGCGUUUAGUUUUGAAGAUCCAACAUUCACGACCAGAGCUAUGUGUUCACGACCAAACGCGCAAACGUGCACCAGUUCAUUUUGCAGUCCAAUGGGAUUCAAAGAAGAGCUGGAGGGUAAUAAGCCCAGGAGAAUUACGGGUUUGUACCGUUCAAACUGUAAAUACAUGUAUGGCUGCAGAAAAUUGUUCGACACAUGCCCCGCUAAGUACUCCUAUUACCAGGGAUCGAAAUGGGCACAAGCUAACUUAGAUUACAUCAUGAAGUUUGUUACAUUGGAAACGAAGGAGAAAAUGGAAUGCCUUUUGCAAGUUUUAAAAGGAAACAACGUGAAGUCCAGCACGUUCAUAGUUAACGCCAUGUCCCUUGGCUGUCCGAAAUACAUCCGAUGGUGUGAGAUUCCAGACAGUCCUUUGCUGAACAACUCCUACAUACCUUGGGAAGAAGGCGAACCAAGUAUGGACCCGACCAAAGAAUGUGUUUACAUGAAGUACAACGCAGAAAAAAAUUCAUUCGCCUUUGGAAAAAUGUCUUGCUAUACGGAACUUAUGUUUAUAUCUCAAAGUUCUGAGAUAUAUCCAAAUAAUACUCUGGGAUUGCUACGAGAUUAAACAUGAAACAUUCACAUACAUGGAUUUCGUCAAUUUAUUAUUUGUUGUGCAUUUAUAAACCGCGUGUUUGUAUAAAAUUUCCAAAGUGCUAAGUGGAAACUGAAACAUUUAUCAGAGAAUAAAAUUUUUUUAAUUGUUAAUAAACGAUCAGAAUAUAAGUUACAUGGUG